AACACCAACAGACACGUACAAAUUAUUUGCGCUCAGCCAACGAAAUUGUUCGAAUUCGAUUGUAUAUAUUUUUAUGUGAGCAACUAGAACGCUUUGCUAUGGACAUGCUGCCGGAUGAGUAUGUGCCCGAUCUAGACCUGGAGCAACUGGGUUGCAGGAUGGAUCGUUCCUCGCGCCGCCGGCAUGAUCAUGGAGCUAUGGACGCCGCCCAUGUGGUACUGACCACCACAGCCGGGAAACCAAAGCCACCAAAGCCGGAAUCCAAAAAACUGCGAAAGAAGUUAACCGAAUGCGAGCAGGAGAAACAGUCCCUGGCCCAGACUAUUCAAGACAAGAAUCAGGAGAUUUUCGACUUGAAGAAAUCUGUAGAUUCUCUCAAUGAAGUUCUCAACUCGGUACCCAUCGAUGAGCUGCGCUGCAACUCCUCUAUAGCCAGCACUAAGAUCCUGGAGUUGAGCAAAAAGAAUCGUCAGAUGCGCGCCGAUUUGGAGCAGGCAAAGGCACGCCUUGGUAAAAGGGAUGCCCAGAUCGAAAAGAUGGAAAAAGAUCUGCGCGCCUAUGAGGAGAGGCUGCAGCAGAAUCAGGAAGGGCUGAGGAAGGGCUGCUCAGCCGACGACCUUCAGGCCAAGUUCAAUAGUAUGCAGCAAAAGUUUUUCGAAACCAGAAACAAGAACACCGAGUUACAGAACCAACUGAAACUGGCUCAAAAGUGCCUGCAGCACGAGACCGGAGAGAGCUGCAACAUAAACAUUUUGGCCAAUAAUCUCAAUCAGGCCAAUUGGCGUGGACGUGCUCAGCAGAUCAUAGCACUUAAUCAAAAGGUGCAGGAGCUGAAAGCUCGGUUGGACCUUUACGAAGAUAGGGUUGUAGAUCGCGCGGAUUAUGCCCCAGUUCCCUUGGGUUCGAAUCUCGAUUUAGUAACCGGAAACUGCCGAUCGCUUCAUGCAAGUACAGAGCGACUGGGUGGAGGCGACAGUGGUGGAGCCAGCUUUGACCGAUUUACUCCCGGUGUACGAAAAAGUGAAAUUCUCCACCGUGCCAAGGUGGAAUCCCUGGAGAAGGAGAUCGUUACCCUACAAAACCAACUCGAGGAGCAGCGCUGCAAGAAUCUUGCUUUGAAGGUGAGGAACAAGAACCUAAAUGAGGAGAUGAACAAGUACAAAAUGCGUUCCAGUGAACUGGAGGAGCAAACCGAUUUCAAUGGCGUCAAUAUAAAUACCAUGAAUGACAAACUUAACCGACAGCGGGUUCAGUACGAGGCUCGUUUGGACGAGAUGCGCGGCGAGAUGAUCCGGGUGGCCGAAGAGCGGGAUCUCUCGCGCCGUCAAAUGGAAGAGUUAAGUGGUAUGCAUCUGGAGCUCCAGUCGGCUGUCAAACAGAAGGAUGUGGCCAUAAGCAAUCUCCAGGAUAUGAUUAAGAAGCUGGAGAUGGACCUGCGCGCCCUCUCUGGUGGAUUCCUUUUCUCUUGUCGCGAGUUUCGCAAGGAGGAAUUCGUAGGCAUCUUGGAUGCCCUCGAGGUAGAGAAGAACCAACUGAUGCUGCUGACCAAGUCUCUAGGAGACCGCCUGGAGGCUGAGCGAAUCAAGAACGAGGCUGCUCAGGAGCAGAUUGGCAAGUUAAAGUCUCGCAUUAACCGAUUGGAGGUGAAGAUCAGGGACCUGGAGAAGGAACUCGAUGUGCAGUCCGACAAGAAGAAGCGCACCCAGCGAAUGGCCGAUUAUGCCAGCUCGCUGAGUCGCACUUCUCUUAACGGAUCGAUUGGAUCCUUCUGUUUCGAUAAUCAGUCCCAGUUCCAAUCCACCGCAACUCUGAAUUCGGCAGGUCAGCCACAGCCCGAGCCCAGAAUAGAGGAUCUUAAGAAUAAUCUGGAAUUGGCCAACGAAAAGAUCACCAUGCUGACAGAGAAGCUGGAAUACCUCACAGAGGAGAAACAAGCCGAUGCCAAGUUCUUCGAGGAGACCAUGAACAACUCCAAGACCAUAAUCUUGGACACCAUACUUGCUGCUCGAGAAGGAGGUUCAUUCUCCAGCAAAAAUAAUGAUGAUAAGACCACCAGCGAGAUCUCCAUUUCCUCAUAAGGAUGAAGGAAACAUAAUUUUUAUUUUGAUUAAUUUUUAUGUUCUUUCCAAUCUGGGGAUACUCGACAAAAGGUCACAUGACUAUACUAUU